CGGAGCCUCUCGAACGCGACGCUGCUCAGUGAAUUCAAUUUUUGCCACGCGCUUAAACUACAUAAAAAUAAUAAAAAAAAAGCGUUAAACAAUAAUAAUAAUACAAAAAAAAGAUACAUAGCACGUAAUUUAUAUAUACUCAGCAUUUUUUUAUAUAAAUAUAUACUUACUUUGGUGUUAGUUUUUGUUAAAUCGGUUGAACACAUAGAAGAAAAAAACGCGCACGGAAUAGUUGUGCUCGGUUUUCUGAUUGUUAUUUGUUCCGCCGCCAAAUCGCCGCACAAAAUGUCUCAAAUUUACGAUGUUGAUGAUAUGAUGUUUGCCUAGAACGCAGGCCGUUCCUGGAAAAGGAUUAACGAGACUUUUGACAAACAGAUUAUUUACUCAACAUGUGCCGCAGCUGCUAAGAGUUAAAGCAUUCAAGUUAUCAACACAAAAUUGCGAUAAGAAAGUAAAAUUUGAACAAGUAGAAGAAUGCAUUUCCACAAUGAGACCGAGUUGAACACAAAUGACAGCAAUAAUAUACAUAUCAUAAAUCGGACGAGUGGUAAAAAUUGCAGCACAUCCUCAACAGAUUCCGGCGUCGGUUUGGUUGAUAACUCAGCGACAUACAGAGCGAGUCCAACGAUCACGAAGAGUAAAAAGAACGAAGAAACAAAGAAGACGCAAGAGAGUGCCGAAACAGCAGCUGGAGAAGAGAAAGAGGAGAAGGCAAAACCCGACGCGGAAGCGAAACCGCAACGUAUCAGCAUUGAGGUGGAGGCUAAAGUGAACCUCAACAAGGCAACCACAACAAGGAAAACAUCACCCGCUCUUUCAGUACGCAGCACCACAAUCUCGAUAGUGUCCAUCGAUGAAGAUGCCAUCGACUCCAGUUGCAUUGACAGCGAUUCCGAGGCGGAAGCCGACGAUGGCUGCACGGUCCACAAACUGGGGCAACAGGUCAAAUUCCCGCCACAAAGCGAAGAGUUGACACAGCUCAACAAGGGACUGACCGUGAUCAGUCGCCAGGUGCUGCCCAACAAUGGCCAAGGACCUCAUCCGCCAGCGGCUGCUGCCGAUGUGGUUGCCCAACAGGUGCUCAAUGGGAACAUGAAUCUAGCCACGCCCUCAAGUCCAGCCUCGCCGCAACAGCAAAUUGGCAGCAUUGCGUUGACCAACACCACAGACGUUACCUUUGGCGAUAAACAUUACUACGAGGGACCCGUGACGAUACAACAGAUCCUCAUCGAUAGUCGCGAUAAGUGGAAAACGGCCGAAGGUCAUGAUAAUCCAGCAUUCAAUACGCAGGCAACGCCCAACGCUACAGAUAGCAAAUUGAAUAGCUCCUGCGAGGCGCCAGCGUUAUGUCCUUUUCUGCCGCACAGCAUCAGUCGCAAGGCCAUCAUAAUAACGGGCAUACUCUUAGGAUUAACCAUUAUAAUGGGCGCCCUACUGGCAGUCAUAUUGGGCAAGACACCGUUGAAAAGUAAGCUUGGUGAUGGCGAAGAUACCAGACAAAGUAUUCCAAUCAAUUCACCAAUAGUUAACGAUGAUGGCGAGCUAGUGUUGGUCAGCGUUGCCGAUUGGGGCGGCCGAGAGUCGACAGAGCCUCUGGAAACCCUCAAUUUGCCCGUGGAUCGUGUGAUCAUUGCGCACACUGACACCGAGGGUUGUGCAUCGACGGAUGGCUGUUCCUAUCGAGCACGGUUUAUACAAGCCUAUCACAUAGAUACCUUGAACUGGGGUCAAGUGGGCUACAAUUUUAUGAUCGGUGGCGAUGGACACGUCUACGUGGGUCGCGGCUGGGAUUUUGUUGGUGCUCACACUUAUGGCUCGAACCGUAUUAGCAUUGCUAUCGCCUUCAUUGGCAACUACAAUAAGAUUGAACCCACUCAAGAGCAGGUCAAAGCUUGCCUCCUACUCAUUGCGGAGGGUGUGCGACUCAAGAAACUCAGCUCGGACUACAAGAUCUUUGGGCAUCGACAGCUGUUGGCAAGCGAAAGCCCCGGCGAUAAGCUGUACAAUAUUAUUAAAACCUGGCCACACUUUGCCAGUCGUUUUUGAACUGUAUCCAAAUGUAUUCUCACACUGAAUAAACGCAAAUGUUGAAAAAUUAAUAAAAUGAAAUUAUAUGAUAAUUUUCGAAUAAUACACAGAGAGAAAAGUUGGAAUUGGAACGAAACGAUUCGUUUAGAACUA